AUGAGCCCUCCGAAGACCUCAACGCCCUUAUCGCAACUGCUUCCUCCGCUAAUUCUAGGCGGGGCAGGAUUCAGCCAUCAAGUCUUUCGAAAUCCGACAUCUGCUCAAGCGCUACAAGUGUUAAAGCGUGCCUUUCAACUGGGUUUGCGAGCUAUCGACACUUCUGCCUAUUACCAUCCGUCAGAGCUGGUUCUCGGCGAUGCACUCUCUCAUCCUGAACUGGCUGACAACUAUUCUCGAGAUCAAUACCUCUUGAUGACGAAGGUUGGGCGCAUCACAGCCACUCAGUUCGACUACUCUCCAGCCUGGGUGCGCCAGUCAGUACUGCGGUCUCUUCAACGCCUGCGUACUUCCUACCUAGAUGUCGUAUUCUGCCACGAUGUGGAAUUUGUUCCAGUGGAUGAGGUGAUGGCUGCCAUCGGUGUUUUAUUUGAUAUGGUUCAUGAAGGACAUGUUCGGUUUGUUGGUAUCUCAGGGUACCGCAUUGAUAUUCUUGCUCGCAUUGCUCGCCGUGUUCAAGAGAAGCAUUCCCGGCCUCUAGACAUCGUUCAAAACUGGGCCCAAAUGACUCUACAGAACGACGGCCUGGCUCGAGACGGGCUCUCAGCCUUCCAAGAGGCCGGGGUCUCAUGUGUUUGCAAUUCAAGUCCAUUGGCCAUCGGUCUGCUCCGAGCAAAUGGGGUGCCGAUUGGAGACCUAGGCGAUUUUCAUCCAGCGCCUCAAGGCUUACGACAGGUAGUCAAAGACGCCGCAAAAUACGUUGCAGAUAGAGGUGAAUCAUUAGCAGCCUUGGCACUACGAUAUUCUAUUCGUCGUGCUCAAUCUUUAUCAACGGAUGAUUUUCGCAUUACAACCAUCAUGGGGGUUACUUCGAUCGACGAGCUAGAAGACAAUCUUGCAACAGCAAGACAGGUUCUAAAAAUAUCCAACGAGCAACGUUGGCUCUGGUCAUCUGCAGAGAUUAGCACAAUUAAGCGCGAAGAUGACAACAACUUAAGCUUAGCAGUGCAAAAUAUCCUCGGAACCUGGCACGGCUACUGCUUUCCCAGCCCCGGCGAUGGAUGGGAUGUGACCAAAAAAAGGCCCAUUCCUGCCAGAUUGUAA